AUAAGACGAACAGAGCUUGCUUCAUCGCUGGCAGCUAUAAAAGAAGGCCCACUUUCGCUGAUUGACCAGGGGGCGUCUCAGGCCGAAACGGAGGCAGCAUGAAAGUUCUCAUAGUGUGCACACUGUUCGUGGCUGCGGCGCGAGGUCGCCUGAUGGCCCCGUCGUCUGUACAGCCGUUGUCCGAAGAAAUGAUAAACUUCAUCAACAACAUCAAGACGACGUGGAAGGCUGGCCGGAACUUCGACGAGAACGUUCCUCUCAGCUACAUCAAGGGGCUGAUGGGCGUACACCCUGACAGCAAGAACUACAGGCUGCCGCUCCACUAUCACGACGAGAUCCCUGAUGAUCUGCCGGAAUCGUUCGACGCCCGCGAGAAAUGGUCCCACUGCGACAGCAUCCACCUUAUCCGUGACCAGUCCACGUGCGGGUCUUGUUGGGCGUUCGGAGCCGCGGAAGCCAUGUCCGACCGAAUCUGCAUCCACACAAAAGGCAAGGUGCAGGUGAACAUCUCGGCUGAGGACUUGCUCACGUGCUGCGACAGCUGCGGUAGCGGAUGCAACGGCGGGUAUCCCUCUUCGGCAUGGCAGUUUUACAAGGACGAAGGCAUCGUUAGCGGUGGCCUAUACGGUACCGAUGAUGGCUGCCAGCCUUACUACUUCCCGCCCUGCGAACACCACACGGUUGGACCACUGCCUAACUGCACAGGAAUCAAACCAACGCCAGAGUGCGUCCAGACAUGUCGCAAAGGCUACGAGAAGAGCUAUACUCGGGACAAACACUUUGGUAAAAAAGUUUACUCACUCUCCAGUGACGAGACCCAGAUCAAGACUGAAAUAUACAAGAAUGGUCCUGUGGAAGCAGACUUCACUGUCUACGCCGACUUCCCAUCGUACAAGAGCGGCGUUUACCAGAGGCACAGCGAGGAUGAGCUGGGAGGUCACGCAAUCCGAAUCCUAGGCUGGGGCACUGAGGACGGCGUGCCAUACUGGCUGGUGGCAAACUCCUGGAACGAGGACUGGGGAGACAAAGGUUACUUCAAGAUCCGCCGGGGAAAUGACGAAUGCGGUAUUGAGGAUGACAUCAACGCCGGCAUUCCCAAAGAGCCCAAGGCAUAGUCAACAGAAUCAACGUGGAUUGUAAAUAAUAAUAAAACGUUACGUUUUGAA